AUGGAAACAUUGAAGAGCAAUCCAAGUUGGCCAGUUAGCUCAUUCAUGGAGACUGUGGAGAAUGAUUAUAACACUGGAGUUUCUAGGCAACAAUUAAGGAAGACCAAUCUAAGAACAACAACCAAAGUUCAAUGUGAUUUCAAUGAACAAUUGGGUCAUCCAGUGUUUCAAAGACCCAUUAUUGGAUUGGAUGGCUGCUUCUUGAAGGGUGUAUAUGGAGGGCAAUUUUUAACAGCAAUUGGUAUAUAUGCUAAUAAUGAAAAAUGGGUGAUUGCGUAUGCAGUGGUUGAGUCUGAGUGCAAGGACUCAUGGGUUUGGUUUCUGGAAUUGUUGGUAAAGGAUGUAGAGAUUGUUAAUCAGUUUGGAUACACUUUCAUAUCAGAUAAGCAAAAAAGGUUAUUACCAGCUUUUGAGCAAGUUGUUCCUAAUAGUGAACACAGGUUUUUUGCAAGACAUCUUUUCACCAACUUCAUAUUACAAUUCAAAAGGAAAGCUUUGUCUGACAAAUUCUGGGGAGCUGCAAAAGCAACAACUAUUCCACACUUUGCAAGACAGAUGGAAGAGCUAAAAAAACCUUGA